AUUAUCUCGAGACGCCAUAAACAAAAACCGGCCUUAAUUAUAUGACUUCUUUAAACUUUCAAACUUUUGAAGAAACUAAUCAAGAAAAUAAUUUUGUCUUUCUUAUAAGCGGUAAUAUGCUUAGUUAACUUUAAUCAUAAUUAAAAUUUCAUAUUUUGAAACAAAAGUGUUAAACAAUGGUGACUCCAGAAACAACAGAACCAAGUACAGAUUGCAUAAGACAACGUAGAUAUCGAGCCCGAUUGUCGGAAGAAAAGCGCCGAGAAAUAAACAGAAAAAGCAAUGAACGACGACGUGAAAGGAUUCAAGAAAUGAAAAACGAUCCAAAGAAAUUAGAACAACAGCGAUUGAAGAAACGUCUUGAGAAUCAAAAAUAUUGGCAAAAAAAGAAUAUUAUAUCUGGUUUGGUGAUAACUAAAAUGCCGGAAAAACAGCCAAAAACAGGACCAAGUGCAGAUUGCAUUAGACAACGAAGAUUUCGAGCUCGAAUGACAGAAGAAAAACGCCAAGAAAUAAACAGAAAAAGCAAUGAACGACGACGUCAAAGAAAUAAAGAGAUAAAGAAAGAUCCAACAAAGUUAGAACUUCAGCGGAUGAAAAAACGUCAUGAGAAACAAAAAUAUAAAGAAAGGAAAAAUAUUGAAACUGGUAUCGUAAAUAUUUCAAAUAAAUUUGGUUUUGGAAAAGGAAUUGCGAAGAUAAAAAAAGAAUUUCCUGAGAAGCCGAAAGUAAUCAAAACAAUUGUCAAGAAUAUUCCCGAUUUAAAAACACAGUCAGGUACAUCUAACUUGAUAUCCUUUUCGCCAGUCUAUAACGUUACACAGGAAAGAAAACCGAAGCCAUUCAAAACUUUCCAAAUCAUUGACCAAACUUCUUGUCCCCACUCAAAUGAAAAACGAACAGUUAAAAAGGAAGAAAAUUACUCAAAACCUUGCAUUCAAACUUCUUAUAAGCAAAGCAUUCAAAUGUUCCAAGAGAAACAUCCCGACAUCCGCAUCGGUCAAACAUCAUUUCGCAGAUACCGGUUACAAAAUUUAAGUUCUUUUCACAAAGCACCAAGACGUGAUUGCACUUGCAAGUACCAUGAUGAUGUUUUUUAUCUUUUGGAAAGCCUUUCGAAAUUCAUCCCCGAAAUUUUUCGUGAAAAGAAUAUCGAAAAUUUUAUUAAUUUGGUGGCUUGUGAUAGUAACAACGUAAAUUGUAUGAAAGGAGCUUGCAGUAAUUGCUUAGAUCGAACUGGCGAGGUUCUACAACUUGUCUCCCUUGAUGAUAUCGACAGAGAAAUUCAAUGGAAAUAUUGGGAAAGAGUUAAUGGCAAAGAUGUUUUACUACAAAAAGCUGGAACUGUGAAAGAAGCAGUUGAAGACAUUUGCAAGAAAGCUAAAGAGAAGUUCAAGUUCCAUCAUUAUGUAAAAAGAAUACAACAAAAUAUAUUUGCGAGUCUCAAAUUAAAUUCGAAUCAAUACGAAGCAGUUCUUGAAGUCAAUUUUGCAGAACUGCAAAACUCAACCAUUUUAAAUUAAUAAAAAACUAACUUGAAAAACUUUCGUGCUAAUUAAUGAUUAAUAAAUGCUUUUUUGAAAUCAUCUUGCAGAUUUAAA